UAAGGAAUUACCCCCGGGGUUAAAGGUCUGAAGUGCCCUCUGUAUGGGGAGGGCGCGCUGCUAGUUGCCCCGUUCUGAUAUUUUCAUGGUGACUCCUAAACUAAGUGCCCCAGUGAGCGCUGGGUGAUAUUUAGCGGAUUUGCCCCACUCCCUUCAGGAUGCUGCCUGGGUCCAUCCAGAUGUCGGGGGAGACCCUGUCGGGGGCAGAAGUGCGGGGUGUGUGUGAGGGGCUGGCGGAGGGCACCGUCAGACUCCUUUCCCUGCGCGGAUGCCACCUCUCAGACAGGGACUUUGGCCGUCUCUGCCAGGGGGUAUCCCAAUCGCCCUCCCUGGUGCAGCUCAACCUGAACCUGGGCGUUGUGUCCGGCGCGGCCCGAGUCCAGCAGCUGGCCCAGGGGCUCCUCGCCAACCGCUCCCUGCAGUCACUCUUCCUCCACGGGAACUCGCUGACGGACGGCGGUCUCUCCCUGCUGAGCCCGGCUUUGGCUGUUCACCCCUCGCUGGUGUCGCUGGAUCUCGGUGACUGCAUGCUGGGGGAUGAGGGGAUCGGCCUGAUCUGCGGACUGCUGCCUCCUGACGGGGCAAAGCCGGGGCUGCGUGAGCUGACGCUCUCUGCUAACCCGGCUGUCACGUGCGCAGGUUGGGCUCGCUUGGCCAUCGCGGUCGCUCACAGUUCCCAGAUCCGGACCCUGAACCUGGACUAUAAUCCGUUGGGGGAUCACAUCGCUUCCAUGUUAGCCGUCUGCGUCGCAUCCAGUCGCACCCUGGAGGUUCUGGAUCUGGAAGGAACGGGUCUGACCAAUCAGUCCGCUCAGAUCCUCCUGGACAUGGUGCAGAAUUACCCGACGCCUCUGAAGUCUCUCGUUCUGUCGGAGAAUAACAUCAGCGCGGAUCUGCAGCAGCAAAUCGCAGACCUGCUGUCCGAGGGCGAGGAGGACGAGGAGUGUGACGGCCGGGGGCAGGAGAGACCCGCCACGGAGAGAGAGCCCCGGCAAGGCCCCGGCCUCCAUCGGGUUCUGCUGACCACUGGGCUCGGUGACGGCCUCCUCGCAGAGACCGAGAUGUGAACAGGCGCUCAGCGAAGGGACGGACACAGACAGCCACGGACCCGCGCCAAGCCCACGGACCCUGGCAAUCACCUCAUUCCCGUUCCACAUUUUCACAACCGUCAGCACCGAACACUCCAAAGUUUCACGUUUUGCACAGAAAUUCUAAUAUAAAAGUUUAUUGAAACCUUCAAA